AGUCUCAUUGAUAAAUCUCUCAUCGCCAUUCGAAAAUAUGAUCGUAAAGUAGAAAUGCAUAACUUACUACAACAAAUGGGAAAGGAGAUUGUCAAUGAGGAAUGCAAACAGCCUGGAGGACGUAGUAGGUUGUGGAAUCCUGAGGACAUUUCUCAUGUAUUCAAAACAAAUACAGGAACUGAUAAGAUUGAGUGCAUUUCGCCUUCUUCGUCGAAUGCUGAAGCUAUUGAGAUACGUUCCAAAAGUUUCAUGAAGAUGCCUAAUCUUAGAUUCCUCAGAAUCACCGAUUCCAAUUGGAUUUUGCCUGAUGGCCUUGAUUUUCUUCCGGAACAGCUAAGAUAUUUAUCUUGGCUUUUUUACCCUUUGAAAUCUUUGCCGUCGAAGUUUUGCCCAAAUAAUCUUGUAGAACUUCGCUUGCCUUGCAGCCAGCUCAAACAACUGUGGAAAGGAGAUAGUAAGCCUUUUAAAAGUUUGAAAGUUAUGGACCUCCGCAGCUCUCCGUCUUUAUUGAGAAUUUCGGACUCAUUUCAAGCCCCAAAGCUUGCUCAGCUACAGUUAGAUAACUGUAAAAGUAUUCGCAAUUUGCCAAGCUUCCUUCAGUUAGAAAAUCUUGAGAUUCUUAAUGUUCAAGGCUGCAGUAAACUUGAAGAAUGUCCAGAAAUUCCUUGCAAUUUAAGGGAUUUAAAUUUAAGUAGAACUGCAAUAAAACAAUUGCCUUCAUCAAUUGGACAUUGCUCUCAACGUGUUGCAUUAUCGUUAAGUGGGUGUACAGAGCUUGAAAAUCUUCCAAACUCCAUUGGCCAGUUACAAUCUCUUGAAUGCAUUGAUCUUAGAUAUUUGAAAUUCAGCACAUUGCCAAAUAACUUCAGAUAUUUAAAAUCUCUGAAGGCACUUAAAGCAACAGGAAGUGAAAGAACAUUACCAUCCUCUUUCAAUCAAUUGAGCCAAUUGGAACGUUUGAAUUUUAUGGGCUGUAAAGGUUUGACGGUAUGGCCUUCGUUGUCCGGUUUGAAUAGCCUACAGAUGCUUCAUCUGCGUGACUCUGGUAUAUCAGAAAUUCCAGAGAGUAUUGGAUCAAUUCCAGAGAGUAUUGGAUCAUUAGUUUCAUUGAAAAAGUUAUAUUUAUAUGGAAACGAUUUCAAAAGCAUUCCUGCAAGCAUCAAACAACUUUCUAACUUGGAGACUCUUGUGUUGGAUGAUUGUAAGAGGCUUAGAUAUUUGCCAGCGCUUCCAGGCACAAGGUUAUUUUCUGCAUCAAAUUGCUCCUCUUUAGAAUUUGUAUCAUUUUCGUCCUCUUCCAGGUACACUGAUCUUAAUUUUGGUAACUGCAUCAAAUUGGGUGAUAAAUUACGUCUUCAGAUUUUGGAAGCCCCGUUCUCAGCACACCCAGACCAGCACUGUCAAUUAUGUAUCCCUGGGGGGAAAGUGCCGCAAAUUAUGAAAUAUCGAACAAGUGGGUCUCAUCUUUCAGUUCAGUUGGAAAGACCUGAUCGUGUGUUGGGUUUUUAUUUUUCCGUUGUUAUUGAUUUCCAAGAUUUUGAUUUGGAUGAAUAUGGCAUUACGGGUUAUGUGAACUUCCAAGAUAAAUCUGGAAAGAUGUAUAAAUAUAGCUGUAACUUUUAUCUUCGAUAUUUUUGGCUUCCUAAGUUAGAUUCAAAACAUGUGUUCCUUAGGUAUACAUCUUUUGAUCAUGAACGGAAUUUCACUCGAGUCUCAUUCCAUGUUGAUCACUUCUCUCUAAAUUUUUCCGGAAAAGGUGAAGACAGUGCGAAGGUGAUCAAUUGUGGCAUUCAUCCUAUAUAUCGGGAAGAAAAUAGGAAAGCCGAAUAAGGAAUGAUUAAAACCAAGAAGGAUGGCAUCAGGGAGAACCAAAUAAGGAUACAUACCGGCGGCGAACUCUGAAUUAUGGGAUUUUGGUUGACUUCAGUUUUCAAUUCACAGCAUCACAGUAGUGGAGAGAAUCAGCUUAUUAUUGGCUGUUACUUGGCUAUUAGCACUCAUAAUAGCUAAUCUAUUUCUAAGUUUCUGCAGUUGUACAUUGGCAUUGUAUCUCAAGGGCUUGUUGCAGUUGGUGGAAGACCUUUAAUCAUGUUUGCAGUUAUCCUAAAUGCUUGUAAUUAUUUGCUAGUUUGGAGUUUUGGUGGGAAGUAUAGAUUGAUCUUUAAAAGAUGUUUGCUUCAUUUCAAUUGAUCUUUAAAACAAAUUUUGUAAAUUGGUUCAAUUAUAUCAGCAACACACACAAA